CAAAUGAGGUAUACGUCGAAAGAUAAAGCUCUGUAAUUGAUACAUAGCUAUCACUCGCAUCUGAUCAAUAAAUUAGCUAGCUAACAGAUGUGGAUCUGAUAUCGCGAUGAUCGGUCUUAUCAGCAUACAACUGGAAAAUGACGAAGAAAAAAAGGCAGGAUGAUUUUCAAAAAGUCAAACUUAAGGUUGGCAAAAGGAAGCCAAAGCCGGAUAAUGCGACUGAUGUCAACUUCAGGACUAAAGGCAUCCGUCUACCAGAGCAGCUGAAGCGAGAUGGCAGUGGGCCGACCACCCACCGGCAGCUCAGCAUUAAAGAUCUCCUGUCCCAGCUGCACCACUACAGCGGCGGGGUGAAGCAGGGAGCCCUGGCGGGCCUGCGGGAGCUCCUGUCCCUGCACCCGCACCUCCUGGAGCAGCACCUGUCCAGCGUGCUGAGCGAGGCGGCCGCCGUCUUCACCGACAAGGACGCGGCGGUGCGGGCGGCGGCCGUGCGGCUCCUGCGCUUCGUGGCGCAGUGCGUGCCGGCCGAGCGCGCCGCGCCCUUCUUCCCGCUGCUCAGCGCGCACCUGACGUGCGCCAUGACGCACAUCGUGGAGGGUAUCCAGGAGGACGCUCUGCGGGUGCUGGACGUGCUGCUGGAGCACUACCCGGCCCUGCUCGCCGCCCGCUGCACCGUGCUCCUGCGCAACUUCCUGGAGCUCAUCUCCCAGCGGCGGCUGUCGCGGGCGGGGAAGUCGGCCGAGGAGCGCAAGCCCGGCGGCGGGGCCUGGGCGCUGUCCGUCAACCCCGGCCGCACCGUCAGCAGCCAGCAGUGGAGGCUGACGGUGCUCACCAGGCUGGGGUGCUUCCUGCAGGCCGUGGUGGACGAGCGGCCGUCGGAGGAGAGGGGGACCCCCGGGGGAUUCCUGGAUGGAGAGGAGAAGGGCCGCUGUGGUGUGACCCCGCUGGAGCUCACCUGGGCGGAGCACACGCUCAAAAAGGGCGGUCUGCAGGUGUUCGAGAACUCCGGCGCUCAGCCCACAGCAAUAUCUUCCUUCAGACUCAGGCCUGAAACAGAGCCUGGAGCUGGAGUUGCGGAAGGGCUGCUGUCAGCAGAGACCGUGAGAGGAUUCGCAUCUACUUUAGUACCCUUGCUGCUGGAGGUGUGGGUGGAGGCCUCGACGAGCGAACAGGGCAAAACGGACAGUGCCCACCUGCUUGGCCCUGAAGCCAUGUCACUCAUGUACCAAGUCCUGACCAUCCUGCAGCUCCUACGCUGCCUUACUCCAGAGCGCCACCAACAGGAUGAUCUGGAUGCCUGGUUCCGCAGCUCAUACCUAAAUGACUUCAAGCACCACUUCAUGAAGAACUUCCCCUAUGGUCUGCUGGACGUGGCAAAGCACAAGAAGAAGGGGGAGAUGAAGAGGACCAAGCAGCAGCAGGUGGCGGGGGCGGCGGGUGGGGCCAGCGUGGAGCCCCUGGCGCUGAACCUGACGCUGUGCCAGGUGAUGGUGUCGCUGAGCGCCCCCUCGCAGGGCGGGCAGGACGCCGAGUGGCUGGGGCCCAUCAGGGGCUUUGUGAGGGAGACCCUGUCCAGCGGAGUGAAGCUGAGCUCCAAGCACCUGGCCGCCCUGCUGGAGGUGGUGUGGAAGCUGGUGCUCACGCACAGGAGCAGAGCGGUGACAGAGGAGCUCCUGCAGGCGGUGCACAUGCAGUACCAGCAGAGGAACCUGACCCUCCCCGUCCGCACGCUGCUGCUCCGCUUCUUCAGCCGCCUCUACCUGCAGGAGCACCAGGCUCAGCCCCACAUCGCCAGGAGCAAGGUGCUCUCCCGUUGGCUGGCUGCGCUGCCCCUGCAGCUGGUGCAGCUGGGCUCACGGAACCCCCACCUGUCUGCGCAGCUGCUGCAGACCGUUCAGGCGGCAGCCGCGUGGAAGAACAAGGACCUGCUGCAGAGCCUGCAGACGCACGCCUGCAGACUCUAUGAUCCACAGGAGGGCAGUGUGGUGCUGUUGCCGGCAGAGUCCCAGCAGCGCCUGGUUCAGCUGGUGUACUUCCUGCCCCUUCUGCCCGCCGACCUGCUGUCCUGCCUGAGCCGCUGCUGCACCACGGGCCGCGUCUCCGCCAGCCUGGCCACCUCGCUCGUCCGCCUGGUGCACAUCAGGUCCUCUCUGUGCGGCUGGUCGGCAGGCAGGCAGGAAGUGGCCGUGAGUGACGUGGACUACUUCAGCUUCCUGUUCUCCACCCUCACAGGGUUCUCCUCUGACAAGCUGGCAACUCUGCAGCAGGCCGGGGAGGACGUGGCACUGCCUCCCUCGCCCCUCUCGCCCCUCAGCCUGUACCCCACCCCGCUGGAGCAGUUCAACCACCACUGGGUCCUGGUGGAGGAAGUGUGCCACUGCCUGGAGACCGUGGGUUCCCGCUCCCAGUGUUUCGACGUUCUGCAGAACGCCAUCUGCAAGAACCUGACGGGCCUGCAGGUGGUGCCGGACAGCAUGGCGGCGGCGCUGCUGAGGGUGGUGUCGCGGCUCCUGGACCUGUCCUUCCUGCCCAAUGAGGUGCUGCUCCGCUUCCUCAGCGACUGCUGCCUCAGUCUGCUGAGCCUGCUGGAGCAGGAGCAAGGCGUCCCGGACCACGCCGAGAAGAGCGAGGCGGUGCGGGGGGCGUGCCUGGCGGCGCUCAGCAGCGUCCCCCGGCUGCUGCGGCUGGUGCUGCAGUCGCUGCGCGUGGCGGACCUGUGCGAGGAGGAGUUCUCCCAGCUGGCCCAGACGCUGUCCUUCCUGCUGCGGCAGAGCCAGCUCCGCAACCACAUGCUGGCCAACGCCGCACUCCUGCAGCACAUCAUCCAGGACCUGACGCGCUACUGUCAGGGGGAGGCACAGGAGCAGUGGCUGACUGACCUGCUGUACUGCUACAGCGUCACCCUGUCCACGCACCGCGGGAACCUGGGGCUCCGGGACAUUUACUGACCCCCUCCCGUCUCCUCUGCCGAAGUGUGGGGGAAGCUCAGUUCCUCCCGCCCCCUGGAUUUACACCCGAAACAUCAGACACCCUCGACUCC